AUGGGGAAGUGGAUGUCAUUCUUUCUUUUCAUAGUGCUCAGGCGAAUCCGGGGUGUUGGUUUUUUUUUGUAUCAUUUAUGAAAAUGUUGGUAAAAUUUUGAGUAAUUCUUCCACGUCUACAUUUAAAACUGGGUGAAUCAGUCUAUUUUUGGAGUCUUCUCUCCUUUGAUUUACUUUUCUUGAUUUGACACCAGUCUCCUCGUGUUCUGGGUGGACAUAGCGUCAGACACAGUGUGAACCCACUGUGAGAGUGGCAACAUUUUUUCAAUGCUUGAAGAUAUCAGGGAUUUGAUAUUCAUAAGCAAGUGUAGUAAAUUUGGAACAAUGAGUUUCGAUGGUGUUCCAUCCAAAUCGGAGGUUCUGAGCUGGGAUUCACAUCGGUUAGCAGACUUUCUGAAGAAACGGAAUCUAACUGGAUGUGAUAAGGUCAUAACACGGUAUAACAUCAGUGGGCAAAGGUUUCUGAGUAUGACUGAAAAUGACCUUCAAAAGUUCCCAAAGCUUCAUGCGCCGCUUAUCUCCAAGAUUUGUCAGGAAAUCAACAAAGAGAAGAAGAGAUUCUUUCCACCGAUUCCAGCAAUAAGGCCAUCACAACCAGUUCCCAGCUUCCCACAACCACCAGUUGACCAAUAUGAGGAUCAAGCGUGGGACCCUGAAGAGUUUGACAGUGAAGACGACUACGAGGAUCCUAACGAGGAUAAUAAUUCAGAAGGUGAUGCUAGCGGUGGAGACUAUGAGUCCCCGGAGGAGGGGUCAGACAGUGAUAAUGGCUACGAGCCUCCUCCAUCUGAGCCAAAAGAAGACACGGCCCAGAUCUGUCCCGCUAAACCCAUGGAAAACAGCGAUUAUGUUGAUAAUAACCGCACACGUGCAGUGAGCAGAAGCCAACCGCCUGUGCCUCCGGAGCGCCCGGGCCCCGGACCCUCUCUCCCUCAUGUGGAGCGGCCGAGUGUUGGACAACAUCUGAGAGAAGAGCGGCCCCUAAAAAGACCCCCAGCACCUGCUGUAGACCGCAGCAAAAAGCCAGGAACUCUGGACAGAAGCCACCCUCCUCCUGUAGCAGGUGGAAGGGGCACUAGCUCAUUGGACAGAGCUGUCCAACCGCCAAGAGGCAUUACUGCUGCUCCUCUCAGACUCCCUGCAGUGGAGUGUCCAGGAGACCCAAUGAGAAUUCCCAAACCCUUACUUCCUCCAUCAGGGGUGCGAAGAAGUGCCUCCUCUAUAACACCAGGCUACUCUCAAAACAGGCAUCUUGACAGACACGAGUUUCACGAUGACACUGCCAGGCACAGCUCCAACACAUUUCCACUGCACGCCAGGAAUCCAUCGCCAAGACCGCCAGGAACCCACGGACAGCCUUUUCAAACAGACACUGUUAGCCCCAGUCGAUCACUACCGGCAAAACUGAAGGAGGCAAUGAACGAUCAACUGAGAAGUACAAGAGCACCACUACCACCACAAACAGACAUGGGCGGCAUGCAGGACAUGGAUCCAGCUUGGUAUGUGGGUCAGAUCACCCGCGGUGAGGCAGAGAGCUGUCUGAGAAGAGUUAACAGGGAUGGGACGUUCCUUGUGCGAGACAGCUCAAAUCGAUCCUCUAACCAGCCUUACACACUCGUGGUCCUGUACCAGGAAAAAGUUUACAACAUUCAGAUCCGCAGGUCGCAAAACGGAUUCAUGCUAGGCACUGGGAUGAAAUCCUCAGAGACUUUUGAGCGGGUUGGCGGCAUUAUCAACCAGCACAAACACACGCCACUCCUUCUUAUUGAUGCUAAGAACCGAGAAUCAAGCCAACAGAAGCAGUGUGCUCUGAUUUAUCCAGCUGGAUAUUAAACAUAGGUUACAUGACUAAUUUACAGUAACUACUUUUGCUUUUUCAUUUCAUGAUUUGAAUUUUUUUUUCUUUCUUUUUUUAAA